AUGAUAGAGCAAAUGAAGUUGCUGUGCAUGUUUCUUUCUGUAAGCUCUAACUCUUUCGGCUCUGUGUGCGGAGAAGAUAGCCGAAAUCGAAGUAAAGAGGAUGAGGAGAAGAUAAAAAAAGAGCCAGAUAGUGGAGAUUUACCCAGGCUUAAAGAUGAAGCCGAAGACUCAGGCCAUGAAGUUAAGGAUGAAGACCAAGUAGAUCAGGAUGGAAACUUCAAGGGAACUACUGAAGAUCCGGCACAUGCAAAACCAGGGCCCUCAGACCAAAAAGAUCCGAACGGAGAAGACAAGGUAGAUCCACCAUCUAAAACCGAAAGAAAGGCUGAUAAAAAAAGGAAAGGCAAAGAAAAACUCACCGAUAAAGUGAAGACGCCGCUAGACCAAAAAUUGGCAGACGACGAAAAUUUCACCGGUAUUGUAAAGACGGAGCUCGCCAAAUUUCUUUUGGGAACGGAAUGGGCGCUGGUGAGUCUCUUGCAAUUCCGUUCAAUCUAG